AUGAAAACAUCUCAACGUAGAUCCCGGCGCGCAUCUGCCGCUUGCGACUUUUGCCGAAGGCGAAAGUUAGGCUGCGAUAACGCGAAGCCAAAGUGUGAAAAUUGCCAGGGUCGGGCUAUCGAGUGUACAUAUUCUCAGAGAAUUGCUCAAGCUAGACCCUCCAAUGCGCGCAUACACAAAUUGGAGGAGGAAAAUGCUCGUUUGCGCGAUCAAUUGUGUUCAAGAAGUCCAGAGUUGAGCGGCUCGUAUUCUGAUGCUGAUCAGGGAGGCAUUCAUUUGGCUGAAGCCACAAAUCCCAUUGAAUCUAUAAUUACUCUGAACACCUUCAGCGAUCAGACUCAUCCAACAAAGGCGCAAGUUGUCUCUCCUUCUAACCAUUUAUCGACCGGGCAACCCGACGGUGCCGCCUUUCAUGGCCCUUCCAGCGGAGCUACACCCGUAGAAGCCGUUCAAGACCGGCCUCAUAUACCCAACUCCGACGAGUUUGUCAAGAACCAACUUUUGGCAGAGACAACUAGGCAACGCCAAUUAGAAAAGGUCAACCUCAGAGCAGGAAAGUUUGACUUCCGCGGUGUCGACCCCAAAGUCGGCAUGGAUCUUCUUUCCAAGUUCUGGAACCGCCAACACUACAUGGGUUCAAUCGUGUAUCGACCAGCCUUUAUGCGCGACAUGGCUUGCAAAGGUCCUUACUACUCCGACCUCCUCCUCACAGCCAUGCUCUUCGCUGGCUCUAUGCAUACCGUUGACGCAGCCGCUCUCCGAAGCACCGGCAAGCUGAAUUCCAUUGGGCGUCCAUAUCGCAUGAAAUUUGAGCAAGCCUUGCACGCUUCUGGCUCUCAAAUGUUAUUCAAGAGUGAAAUCACUACCAUACAGGCGCUGCUGGUCGUUUCUGAUGCACUGUUUUCCUGGUGUAAUGAAAGGAGUCUCUCGUGGCAUUAUUUGGGUAUCGCGAUUAGUAUGAUAAUCGAUCUUGGGUUGCACAUCGAUGGCCCAGCUCGAAGAUCUUCAAAGAAAACUUCUGCUGAAGAUACGGAGAUUGAGCGUCGUGUCUUCUGGGCAACAUUCAUUUCGGACAAGGUUCAGUCGAUAUACCAAGGUCGUCCAACUAGGUUACGAGAGCAUGAUAACCGUGUACCAAUCACUUUUCGCGAUGAAUAUGAAGAACUGGAGGAUUUUCACACUCGAACCUAUUCUGCGCAACCGUCUCAGUUGGAUUGUCCGACCUAUAGUGUGUCCACGUUUGAGCAGCUGUGCAAACUGAGCAUCAUCAUGGAUUGGACUCUAUGUGCUCUUUAUGCGGAGAGGAGCGCAACAAGGAAUGCUGAUCAAAUAUGGCACACUGCGCAGUCACUCAACAUCGAUCUGAAAUCUUGGAAGGAUGGACUACCGGAGUGUUUGAGGGUAGAUCUGAACGACCCUACUUCCUCUAAUAUCCUUCCGCACAACCUAUCACUGCUGGCACUAUGCAACUCACUUACCAUCUUGAUCUAUCGUCCUUUUCUUUCAGAAGGCCACCUUACAUCUGUCUCUGAAACAUCCGCACCCGAAGCCUUCUUCAAGUGUGUCACUGCAGCGAUAGAGACCCAUCAAAUUCUCCUACUGUACAGAAAGCACUUCUGUUUCAGGACAGCGCCCUAUUUUAUAUCAUACGCGACGUACGUCAGUGCAACCAUCCACGUGCGUAUGGCGGCACAGAAAACCCCAGGAUCGCAAGCGCAUUUAUGUCUCAGAAACUGCUUGGAGAUUUUAUCCGAACAGCAGACGUGGUGUCACGCUCCAAAGCGAACGAUGAAGAUUCUUCUUGAGAUUAUGGACCGUUUGGGAGUUAAUGUUGGGGAGUUUGUGGCGAUCGAACCGACAAGCUGUCAAAAUGGUCACUUUGGAGAAGCUGAUUUAUCUGAACUAUCUGAAGUAAGUCCUGAUAUUAUAUAUCAAGGGCCGGACUUCUCAGUGACGCAGCAGCCAACGCCCGGCACGGCAAUUGACUUCAACAACCUGGAGGUUUCCGAUUUCGACAUCGAUCAGAUCAUGCAAAGCUUUCUAUUUGAAGCCCCUCCGAUGGCAUCAGGAGCCUUUGUACCAAUGUCUCAGACUGGCUUCAGCCAUGAUGGCACUGGAGAUGCGGCACUCACAAGUCGGGAUAUGGUGUUUGAUGACUUGUUUGGGUUCGACUCUAGUACAUCUUAGGUCCCCAGUCUGUCUGACUGUCGUAGUCUGGUUAAGCAUCAUACACUCUAU